GAUUGCAACAUUAGGACGGAAAGUGUAGGGUAGGCUAUCAUGCAAAGAGAAUGAUCACUGUUUAAACCUAAACAAAUAAUUUAGCUAUCAUAUAUCGUAUCGAUUUCAAUUGCUCUUGAAGAUAAUUUUCAAUGUAAUGUGACUGCUACACUCUUCUUUAUCUUAUCAACGCUCCAAAAGAGGUAAAACAAGGCGGCCAGGAAGUGACCAGCCUUUCUCACACGCGGAUUCUCGAGUCGGUGGCAAAGACAGAGAAACAUGGCUUUUACAGACACCACAGGCUCAAGUCACAAGUUUUUAAAGGAUGCAUCGCUACUGUAUCAAGACAUUUGUCCGGAGCAGUCACGUUUUCUCAUGGGGAGACACCAGAGAAUGAAAGCUCCAGCCAAGUUCCAGCCCGUCCCUGAAGAAGAGCUCUGUCCCUUCUGUUUCCAGUGGCGUCGCCCAGACAACCACCACAUGCGGCUGCGUCCCAAGUGGCGUGCAUCGGUGCGGGUGCAGAGCGUGUUGCGGAGGGAGGCCAAGGGCAAGAGGCUCAGCCUGGCUCAGAUGAACAUCUUACGGAGGUUCAGGGGUUCCUCAUCAGCUCUGGUGGCUACAUGCCACACCUGUAACAAAAUGUCCAAGCAUAACGGCGUCAACAGGAACUUCAUGGCCACUCUCUCCAAGAGCCACGGCACCCCCUGGAGCGCAGGCAAACACAAGACUCCCCAGUCCACCAACAGAAGCCAUGCCACGGGCAUCCCAAAGUCUGCAUCCAAAGACAAGACGCCCUGCAGUACGCCAAGGUCCACCGGUUCCUCCUCGGCCUCAAAGCCCGCAAGUGUGAAGAAGUCGGCCUUCUCCCGCCUCAAGAGGAUCCUCAUGCUGGAGGACAACCAGAAGACGAAGACCAAGGGAGGACUCAAAGACUUCCUCUCCUCCCUCUGAAUGACUGACAAACACUGGGCUCCGUUGCAUGGGCCCAAGAGUCAGCCAUGACACCACCAUGAUAUGAAACUGAACCAGUCUCUCGUGCCUGCUUAGAAUUCAGAAUGGUCCUGCUGGAAUUCUGAAUGGUCCUGCUGGAAUUCUGAAUGGUCCUGCUGGAAUUCUGAAUGGUCCUGUUGGAAUUCAGAAUGGUCCUGUUGGAAUUCAGAAUGGUCCUGUUGGAAUUCAGAAUGGUCCUGCUUAGUAUUCAGAAUGGUCCUGCUUAGUAUUCAGAAUGGUCCUGCUUAGUAUUCAGAAUGGUCCUGCUUAGUAUUCAGAAUGGUCCUGUUGGUAUUCAGAAUGGUCCUGCUUAGUAUUCAGAAUGGUCCUGCUUAGUAUUCAGAAUGGUCCUGCUUAGUAUUCAGAAUGGUCCUGCUUAGUAUUCAGAAUGGUCCUGCUUAGUAUUCAGAAUGGUCCUGCUUAGUAUUCAGAAGGGUCCUGCUUAGUAUUCAGAAGGGUCCUGCUUAGUAUUCAGAAGGGUCCUGCUUAGUAUUCAGAAGGGUCCUGCUUAGUAUUCAGAAGGGUCCUGCUUAGUAUUCAGAAGGGUCCUGCUUAGUAUUCAGAAGGGUCCUGCUUAGUAUUCAGAAGGGUCCUGCUUAGUAUUCAGAAGGGUCCUGCUUAGUAUUCAGAAGGGUCCUGCUUAGUAUUCAGAAGGGUCCUGCUUAGUAUUCAGAAUGGUCCUGCUUAGUAUUCAGAAUGGUCCUGCUUAGUAUUCAGAAUGGUCCUGCUUAGUAUUCAGAAGGGUCCUGCUUAGUAUUCAGAAGGGUCCUGCUUAGUAUUCAGAAGGGUCCUGCUUAGUAUUCAGAAGGGUCCUGCUUAGUAUUCAGAAGGGUCCUGCUUAGUAUUCAGAAGGGUCCUGCUUGGAAUUCAGAAUGGUCCUGCUUGGUAUUCAGAAUGGUCCUGCUUGGAAUUCAGAAUGGUCCUGCUUGGAAUUCAGAAUGGUCCUGCUUGGAAUUCAGAAUGGUCCUGCUUGGAAUUCAGAAUGGUCCUGCUUGGAAUUCAGAAUGGUCCUGCUUGGAAUUCAGAAUGGUCCUGCUUGGAAUUCAGAAUGGUCCUGCUUGGAAUUCAGAAUGGUCCUGCUUGGAAUUCAGAAUGGUCCUGCUUGGAAUUCAGAAUGGUCCUGCUUGGAAUUCAGAAUGGUCCUGCUUGGAAUUCAGAAUGGUCCUGCUUGGAAUUCAGAAUGGUCCUGCUUGGAAUUCAGAAUGGUCCUGCUUGGAAUUCAGAAUGGUCCUGCUUGGAAUUCAGAAUGGUCCUGCUUGGAAUUCAGAAUGGUCCUGCUUGGAAUUCAGAAUGGUCCUGCUCGGAAUUCAGAACAACAAGGCUAUAGAGGGGAGGAGUCGGCUGUCAGUCAAUAAGCGCUACAGCGCAACCUGUUGAGAGAAUUAAAGGGGCAUGUUUUUUUCUUCUUCACAUGCCACCCCCCAACUGCCCCUGAGGUCCCCCUUCCGUAGAGCUGUCCAAACUGGGAAUGGUCCCACACCACCACAUCACUCAGGAAUUCCACUGUCCCAAUUGGAUGGUGGGAGUGGCAUUGGAAGCAAAGCUCACCCCUCUCUUCCAUUGCAUUUAUGAUGAGGCAGGCAAAAUAAAUUGUUUGGAGUUAUAGCAUGUUUUGAUUGAGAGGGUGAUUUUUAUUUGUUACAAUCACAUUUAUGAUAAAUAUGACUUUGUUAAUGCUUGAGUUUCCUACUUCUUUAUUACUUGGUUGUUGUCCUCUGUUUUAUUUUGGUGAACUCCACAAGGUGUGUCUUCUUGAAACUUCCUCUUGUUAGAUCACCAGCCAGGUAGGGCUGAUCAUUUGUUACUAUCUUAUGAUCACCGUGCCAAACACAUGUUUGUUUACUCAUGGUUUUGAGAAUCCUAUUUGGAUGCAUCGGACACAUCAACUGUUUAUAAUGAAAUAGGCGAUAGGGCUGAAAUUUGUGAUGCGAUUUAAUGACAAUUUGUUUGUUUCUUGUUGAUGUUUUCCUGUUAGUUCAUAUUCACAAUUACUAUUAGACUGCAUGUUGUAAUGGCUGCUUUGAUCCAACACAUUUUAUAAUGCAUUUUGUAACGAAGAUUUUCUUUGGUUGUAAUUAAUCCAAUGUGUGGGUUUGUAUCAUUGCAUAUAAUCCUGAAUUACCUCACAUUUAUAUUCCUUCUACACUUUUUUUCAAUCUAAAUAUUACUGUGUUGAAUGAUAGAACUCAUGAAGAUACAGUGCCUUCUGAAAGUAUUCAGAACCCUUGACUCUUCCCACAGGUUACAGCCUAACUAUAAAAUGGAUACAUUUGUUUUUGUUGCCUAAUCAAUCUACACACAAUACCCCAUAAUGACAAAGCAAAAACAGGUUGAAUUUUUUUGUACUUUAUUAAAAAUAAAAUAAAUAAAAUUUCAAAAUAAUUCAGACCCUGUACUUUGUUGAAGGCCAUUUGGCAGCAAUUACAGCCUUGAGUCUUGGUUAUGACGCUACAAACUUGGUAAACCUGUAUUUGAGGAGUUUCUCCCAUCCUUCUCUGCAGAUCCUCUCUAGCUCUGUCAGGUUGGAUGGGGAGCGUCGCUGCACAGCUAUUUUCAGGUCUCCCCAAAGAUGUUCUAUUGGGUUCAAGUCCGGGCUCUGGCUGGGCCACUCAAGGACAUUCGGACUUCUCCCAAAGUCACUCCUGUGUCGUCUUUGUGUGCUUAGUGUCGUUGUCCUGUUGUAAGGUGAACCUUUGCCAUAGUCUGAGGUCCUGAGUACUCUGGAGCAGGUUUUCAUCAAGGAUCUCUGUACAUUGCUCCGUUCAUCUUUCCCUUGAUCCUGUCUAGUCUCAGUCCCUGCCGCUGAAAAACAUCCCCACACCAUGAUGCUACUACGACCAUGCUUCACCGUAGGGAUGGUGCCAGGUUUCCUCCAGAAUUGAAGCUUGGCAUUCAGGCCAAAGAGUUCAGUCUUGGUUUCAUCAGACCGGAGAACUUUUUCUCAUGGUCUGAGAGUCGUUUAGGUGCCUUUUGGCAAACUCAAAGCGGGCUGUCGUGCCUUUACUGAGGAGUGGCUUCCGUCUGGCCACUUUACCAUAAAGGCCUGAUUAGUGGAGUGCUGCAGAGAUGGUUGUCCUUCUGGAAGGUUCUCCCAUCUCCUAGGAGGAACUCUACAGCUCUGUGUGACCAUCAGGUUCUUCUCCCCCGAUUGCUCAGGUGGCCAGCUGUUGGAAGAGUCUUGGUGGUUCCAAACUUCUUCCAUUUAAGAAUGAUGGAGGCCACUGUAUUCAUGGGGACCUUGAAUGCUGCAGAAGUUCUUGGUACCUUUCCCCAGAUCUGUUUUUUUGACACUACUGUUGUGGAGGUCUACGGACAAUUCCUUCAACCUUAUGGCUUGGUUUUUGCUCUGACAUGUACUGUCAACUAUUUGACUUUAUAUAGUCAGGUUUGUACCUUUCCAAACCAUGUCCAAACAAUUGAAUUUACCACAGGUGGACUCCAAUCAAGUUGUAGAAACAUCAAGGAUGAUCAAUGGAAACAGGAUGCACCUGAGCUCAUUUGAGUCUCAUAGCAAAGAGUCUAAAAACUUAUGUAAAUAAGGUAUGUUUUUUAUGUUGAAUAAAUAUGCAACAAUUUCUAAAAACCUGUUUUCACGUUUCAUUAUGGGGUAUUGUGUGUAGAUUGCUGAGUUUUUUCAAAAUAUUUGUUUAUCCAUUUUAGUUUCCGAAGGCACUAAGUCGACUGUCAGUGUUGCAAUGUAUUCACAGUGGCAGUUUUCAGAAAACAAGUCUCUCAUUAAGUGCUAGAAAUAUAACUUUUUAAAGGGUGCUUGUUUUUGAUACAUGGUACAUGUUUUGAACACUGUUUGUUUACAAUAAUAUUGUUUACAAACAAUGGAGUAAAGCAAGUUUAUGGGUUAUGCCAGUUGAACAGUUCAUGAGACAUUUUUAAGUUAUAUUCUUCAAGAAUCAAUAACUAUACAUCAAUUUUUGGACUCUUAUAUUAAUGAUAUAUCUAUCCCGGGCUGCCCCUUUAAUACCUCUACAUACGGACUGUUUAUAAGCACAUUAUAGAGUUGAUUCUACAGUUGGUAGCUGGAAAUACUCGGGUAACUGCAAUAAAACUCAAAAGGGUACAGUAUGAAUACUUUAUAAACUACUACAGACCACACCUUUUCAUUCAAAGUAUAGUCCUGGCUGUAUAUGAUAAUACGGAAAUAAACACCUGCGCAAACCCGGCAUAGAUAUUAAAACCAGGCAUGCUCGACUCCCUUUGACAUGUAGGCGGCGCUGCGAUGGCAUGCUCAAUCAGAAGCAGAAAAUAACUACGUAGAGUUCUAGAAAAUGUCCCCAUUUAGCUUGUCCCGAAUGUAUUGGUGUUAGAGAAAUCCUAUCAAACUGAAAUUAAAGGGUUAUUUUAUGAACACUUA